AUGGCCGGCGACGACAACGACAACGACAACAGCGAGGACGAUGCCCCGGCCAACACGGUGGAGCUGCACCCGAAGCGCACCACGUCGUUCGCCGCGAGGCGCAAGAAGAAGAAGAACCAGCCCGCGGACCUCGCGACGCGCAUCGCGCUCGAGCGCGAGAAGACCAAGUACUGGGCGCGGAUCCUGCUGCUCUUCCCGCUGGUGCCCGUGUGCCUGGCGCUCACGACCAUCGUCUUCGGCGGCGUGAUCAUCAACGUGGCCACCAACGACUGCAACGCGGACCUCAUGAGGUUCCUGCAGGGCGCGGUGGUGCUGAGCCAUGUGCUCAUAUGCUUCUACACGUACUGCUGGAUGGGGCCGUGGCCGAUUAAGAGUCUGCGCACGGUGCGCGUGUUCUACCUCUUGUACGGCGUCGUAUGCGUGGUCUGGUGGGGGCUCUACGGCACGCUGCAGGCGGUGACGGCCACGAGCUCGGGCUUCGAGUCGUGCCUGGCCAUGUCGCCGACGCUCUACGUCUUCUCGCAGUACGAGGUGGCCUCCUUCUGGGUCGUGCUCAUCGCGGCCGUCGCCUUCUUCAUCAACGAGAAGACGGCGCGCAUGCGGCAGGACAAGAUGGACCAGUGGACCCACAAGAAGGAGGCCGCGCAACGCGCCAAGCUGCAGCAGGAGCAAGAGAGCCGCGACCGCGUGCUGCAGGACGCGCAGGAAGAGGCGCGCAAGCUCGAGGAGGAGCAGCGCCAGAAGAUCGCGGCCAGUCAGAAGCAGCUCUACGGCAGCGACGACGAGGAAGAGGGAGGAGGAGGCAACGACCAGGACGAAGACGCUGACGCUGACGGCGUCAACGAAUACGGUGGUAUUGCCGACGAUACUAUUGGUGGUGGAGACGAGCAAAAGGAGGACGAAGAGGGCGAGGAGGAGGAGGAGGAGUAUGGCGAGGAAGUCCCGCUCGAGGGCAAUACUGCUGUGUAG